GGGCUCCGCCAUCUUGGGGCAUUGUACGGAAGAGAGGACAGGACUGCGGCGGGGAGGGCGGUUGGCGUGCGUGUGCAUCGUCAGUAGUGGUUACUUUCUCAGUGGAAGUCGUGUCCUAGACUGAACCGUUUUGAACCACUCCAGCGAUCUCUGCGCAGCGGAGGCUAGUCCUUUGCCUUUAUCUUAGAGGAGUAGUUACCUCCUUCGGCCUUCGUCCGCAUCACUGUAACGUUUUUCCCAGCCUAGGAGUCAAAUGUACAAUGAAGCAGAAAAUUUGGGUUUCAAUCCUGUUUAUUCAACAAAAUUGAAGAGCUUAUGUGUGACAAGCAUUGUUUUAGGUGCAAGGAUCCUAUGGAGAGCAAAACAGACAUCAUCACUAGUCUGAUAAGAGCUCUGGGUCUAGAGAGGGAAAACAAUAAUAAUCACACAUAAUGUAAUGGUACCGCCGAGAUUGUAGAGGGGACACCUGGCUCCGGGGAUCCCAAACAGACGAGGUUCAGCCACUUGCCACUGACAAAAUCCAAAGGCAGAGAAACAGUGGGGGUGAAACAAGAAAGGAAUUUAUUUCACGGAGGCCAACACUGGGAACAGUGGACUAGCAUCCCAAAGACUGUCUCCAAAGUGCCAAAAAUACUUCUGGGCUAUAAUGAGGAAGAUGCCAGGCAAAGAGGCAUGCCAAGAAGCUGGUGACGGCUUUCUCCUCUUCCGCCAUGGCUGAGGGCAUUAAGUAUGAAGUGGCCUCCCAGCGAGAGGGGGAUGCCUCCUCUUUGGCGGAUGAAGCCAGCCCAGAGCGGGUAAAACUGAAGAAGGAGAUCUCGCUGCUUAAUGGCGUCUGCCUGAUCGUGGGGAACAUGAUUGGUUCUGGCAUCUUUGUCUCCCCCAAGGGGGUGCUCAUGUACAGUGCCUCCUUUGGCCUCUCCCUGGUCAUCUGGGCUGUUGGGGGCCUCUUCUCUGUCUUUGGAGCUCUUUGUUAUGCGGAAUUGGGCACCACCAUUAAGAAAUCUGGGGCCAGCUAUGCCUACAUCCUUGAGGCCUUCGGGGGAUUCCUUGCCUUCAUCCGACUCUGGACCUCACUCCUCAUCAUUGAGCCCACCAGUCAGGCCAUCAUUGCUAUCACCUUUGCCAACUACAUGGUGCAGCCCCUCUUCCCGAGCUGCUUCGCCCCCUAUGCUGCUGGGCGCCUGCUGGCUGCUGCCUGUGUCUGUCUCUUAACCUUCAUUAACUGUGCCUAUGUCAAGUGGGGAACGAGGGUACAAGAUGUCUCCACCUAUGCUAAAGUGUUGGCGCUCAUCGCUGUCAUCAUCGCAGGCAUCAUUAGACUUGGCCAAGGAGCCUCAAAUCACUUUGAGAAUUCUUUUGAGGGUUCGUCAUAUGCAAUGGGUGACAUUGCCCUGGCAUUGUACUCCGCUCUGUUCUCCUACUCGGGCUGGGAUACCCUCAACUACGUCACUGAAGAGAUCAAGAAUCCUGAGAGGAAUCUGCCCCUCUCCAUUGGCAUUUCCAUGCCCAUUGUCACCAUCAUCUACAUCUUGACCAAUGUGGCCUAUUACACCGUGCUAGACAUGAGGGACAUCCUGGCCAGUGAUGCUGUUGCUGUGACUUUUGCAGACCAGAUUUUUGGAAUUUUCAACUGGACAAUUCCACUGGCAGUUGCAUUAUCCUGCUUUGGUGGCCUCAAUGCCUCCAUUGUGGCUGCUUCUAGGCUUUUCUUCGUGGGCUCAAGAGAAGGCCAUCUCCCUGAUGCCAUCUGCAUGAUUCAUGUUGAGCGGUUCACACCAGUACCUGCUCUGCUCUUCAAUGGUAUCAUGGCACUGAUCUACCUGUGUGUGGAGGACAUCUUCCAGCUCAUUAACUACUACAGCUUCAGCUACUGGUUCUUUGUGGGGCUCUCUAUUGUGGGUCAGCUUUAUCUACGCUGGAAGGAGCCUAAUCGGCCUCGUCCCCUCAAGCUCAGCCUUUUCUUCCCCAUGGUCUUCUGCCUCUGCACCAUCUUCCUGGUGGCCGUGCCACUUUACAGUGAUACCAUCAACUCCCUCAUCGGCAUUGGCAUUGCCCUUUCAGGCUUGCCCUUUUACUUCCUCAUCAUCAGGGUGCCAGAACACAAACGACCUCAUUGGCUCCGAAAGAUUGUGGCAUCCACUACAUGGUACCUCCAGGUCCUAUGUAUGUCAGUUGCUGCAGAGAUGGAUUUGGAAGAUGGAGGAGAGAUGCCCAAGCAACAAGAUCCCAAGUCUAACUAAAUACCAUCUAGAAUCAUUUCUGAGAUGUAGAAAGCAGGGAACUUUCUGGCUGGAGCCAAGGAACAUGAAAAGGAAAGUAUACUUCUUCUUUGAAGCUGCUCGAGACCAGGUUUCUGGACAGGUGCCUUCAAUUUUUGAACUUGCUUUUUGAGAUGGAAAAGUAAUUUAUUUGUUUUGCUACACAUUGCUUUAUUGUCUCUUUGUAAAAAAAAACCUGGAGCAUGUCAGGUGUGGGCUUGGUUGUACUAGUAGCACAUUCCCAUGUGUUAAGGUGUUCACUUACCUCUGGGUGUGCCUACCCACUCCUUUUCCUCUAAAAGGGCCAAUAAUGCUCUGAACCUCCUGUCUCCUUUAGAGAGACAUGAAAUUGUCACAGGUGCUAGAUAAAAGGGUUAUAUUCUAAACUUUAA